UUAAUAUUGAGUGUAUGGUACUGGGACACAUAUUUUACAACUCUUGAUGGGUUUCAGCAGCAUGGCCUUCGUCAGGGAGUACAACUGUUGGUUUGGCAAUAAUAAUAUUUGAUCUUUCCCAGGAUUGAGAUCCCUGAGCCAGAGCCCACAGAGGCAGACAAACAGGCUCUAUGGAAUGGGGAUCAGCCAAUGGCUGCAGAGCUACAGAGGUUCCGCAGGGAGUACGUCCAACCCGUCCAACUCAGGGUUCUGAAUGUGUUUCGUCAGUGGGUGGAACAUCAUUUCUAUGACUUUGAGAACGACCCCGAGCUACGAGGCAAACUGGAGUACAUCAGCAGCAUUCUACAACUCCGAGGAAAGUCGAUGAGAAAGUGGGUGGAGUCCAUCAACAAGAUCAUCAAGAGGAAGAUGCAGACUCAGUCCAACGGGUCAGCCACAACAUCACCUUCGAGAGCCCGCCCCGCCCAUCGAGUGGCACAUCAGCCGCCUGGGUGUAUUGUGGAAGCAGAGAACCUGGAUGAGAGAGUAGCGGUGUUAACGCGGGUCAUUGAGAUCCUCCAGGUGUUUCAGGAGCUCAACAACUUCAAUGGUGUUCUGGAGGUGGUCUCUGCCAUCAACUCUGUCCCCGUCUACCGGCUCGACCACACCUUCGAGGUGAUCGCACAGCCAGACAUACACAAACAGACGCACCGUCAAGGUGAACACAGCCCAGACAUGUACCGUAGGGUGACGGCCCAAAUGUCCAUAGCUGAAGGUUUCAAGGAGGCAGUUCAGUACGUCCUGCCGCAGCUCAUGAUGGUUCCUGUAUACCACUGUUUGCACUACUUUGAACUACUGCAGCAGCUGCAGGAGCACAGUGAGGAGCAGGAUGACCGAGAGGGUCUGAAGCAGGCCGUCACCGCUCUGCUCAACCUCCAGUGUAGCGUGGAACGCAUCUACACCAAACACCUGCCCCGACGCAAGCCUGGUGAACCCAUGUACCGUCUGUACAGCCGUCAGGUGCGCAGCAAGCAGCUGGCCAUCAAGAGGAUGAACGAGAUCCAGAAGAGCAUCGACGGCUGGGAGGGGAAGGACAUCGGCCAGUGCUGUUCCGAGUUCAUCCUGGAGGGGGCUCUCCUCCGCGCCGGCGCCAAACACGAGCGACACAACUUCCUGUUCGACGGCCUCAUGAUCAGCUGCAAGGCCAAUCAGAGCUCCCGACUCCCCGGUUCCGGAAGCGGGGCCGAGUUCCGUCUCAAGGAGAAGUUCGUCCUGCGGAAAGUCCGCAUCGUGGACCGCGAGGACUCGGCGGAGUUAAAACACGCCUUCGAACUCGUCGGUAAAGACGAGAACUGUGUGGUGUUCUGCGCCCGCUCGGCGGAGGACAAGGGGGCGUGGAUGGCGGCGCUGGUCACCCUGCAGUACCGCUCCACGCUGGACCGUAUGCUAGACACUGUCCUACAGCACGAGGAGCAGGCCCAGCCCCUCCGCCUGCCCUCCCCCGAGCUUUACCGUUUCACUGUGCACGACUCCGAGGAGAACAUCGUGUUUGAGGACAGUGUCCAGAGCAAGACGGGGAUACCUAUUAUUAAGGCUGGGACGGUGGUCAAGCUUAUAGAGAGGCUUACAUACCACAUGUACGCUGAUCCCAACUUUGUACGCACCUUUCUGACCACCUACCGGUCAUUCUGCAAGCCCCAGGAGCUCCUGAGGCUGUUGAUAGACAGGAUUGAGAUCCCUGAGCCAGAGCCCACAGAGGCAGACAAACAGGCUCUAUGGAAUGGGGAUCAGCCAAUGGCUGCAGAGCUACAGAGGUUCCGCAGGGAGUACGUCCAACCCGUCCAACUCAGGGUUCUGAAUGUGUUUCGUCAGUGGGUGGAACAUCAUUUCUAUGACUUUGAGAACGACCCCGAGCUACGAGGCAAACUGGAGGAGUACAUCAGCAGCAUUCUACAACUCCGAGGAAAGUCGAUGAGAAAGUGGGUGGAGUCCAUCAACAAGAUCAUCAAGAGGAAGAUGCAGACUCAGUCCAACGGGGUCAGCCACAACAUCACCUUCGAGAGCCCGCCCCCGCCCAUCGAGUGGCACAUCAGCCGCCUGGGUCAGACGGACACCUUUGACCUCAUGACCCUUCACCCCAUAGAGAUCGCCCGCCAGCUCACCCUUCUGGAGUCUGAACUGUACAGGGCUGUGAGGCCGUCUGAGCUGGUGGGGAGUGUCUGGACUAAAGAGGACAAGGAGAAUAACUCUCCCAACCUGCUGAGGAUGAUCCGUCACACCACCAACCUCACGCUGUGGUUCGAGAAGUGUAUUGUGGAAGCAGAGAACCUGGAUGAGAGAGUAGCGGUGUUAACGCGGGUCAUUGAGAUCCUCCAGGUGUUUCAGGAGCUCAACAACUUCAAUGGUGUUCUGGAGGUGGUCUCUGCCAUCAACUCUGUCCCCGUCUACCGGCUCGACCACACCUUUGAGGUGAUCGCACAGCCAGACAUACACAAACAGACGCACCGUCCAAGGUGA